AUGAGCAAAUUCUAUUCGAUUUUUAUGCAAAUUUGUGUGAUCGCCGCAUCGAUGCGGACCGCACUAUGCAUCAAAUGCUACAACUGUGACUCAACCAGCAAUGAAGAGUGUAUGGAUCUGAAGCGAAACUCUGCCAUCGUUGCCGAGACGUGUACGCCGAGCAAAAUGGCUGCCACGACCGGGAACUGGUUGGCGGACUUGACACGCAUCGAGUACUUUGGCGGUACGGAAAUUACCGUGCCGAUGGUGUGCCAGAAAAUCGUCGCUUCGAACGAAAAUGGCGAUACGAUGACGUACCGUGGCUGUCAGCUGGAUGGUGGUAAAACCGAUCCCUGCCAGAUCGCGUACGGCAAGGCGAAGCUACAGCGUGGCGUCAAGAUCGAGUUCUGUUCGACCUGCAAGGAUGAUGCCUGCAAUGGGGCGCCACAGUUGGGCGGACGUUCGGCCGUUUGGCUGCUGGUCGGAAGCGUUCUAGCGCUGUUCUUCGGUUUCCCAUCCCGGCGACACCUGCUGUAA